AUGUCAAAUGUGGAAACUAAAACACCAAAUUGGAGAUUCAAUCCAAAAACUUCAGAACCUGAUAUAUCAGAAGAUGGACUAGAUAUUGUAGAUUCAGGUAAAAACAAGGCAUGGACAACAGCUAUAGCAUCAGAUAUAUCAAUAAAUAGACAAUCCAAUACAUUAUAUUAUUAUGAAAUUAGGGUUAAUUUUUGUAAUGUUUCAAAUUCAAUUAAAAUUGUAUUUGGUAUAAUGGGAGAGAAUUAUAUGACAAGGAUAUUAUCAAUAACACGUGGUUUAGUUGGUAGUUUAAAAGGGUCAUGUCCAUAUGGAUAUUAUCCAGAUUUUGGUAUUGGUACUCUAUGUUAUUUUGCAAAUGGUUCCAUUGUUAGGGAUGGUGUAUCGUUGGCUGAAAAAGCACAAAGUUAUACAACAAAUGAUCGAAUAGGAAUGUUGGUUGAUACUUGCAAUAAUUCAGUAGCAUUCUUUAAAAAUUCACAACUUCAAACUUCUUUUAUUAAUAUUUAUAAUAGUUUUCAAUCUUCAAAUAAUCGUCAACAACAACAACAACAACCAACUGUAAAUUCAAACAAUAACACCACCACUAGCACAACCACUACCACCACCACCACCACCACCACAAAUUCAACAUCAUCACCAUCAUCGUCUUUAGCAUCUUUAAACAAUAACAACAACAAUAAUAAUAAUAAUAAUAAUAAUAAUAAUAAUGAACCAAGUAAACCUCUUUUAAUUUUUCCUUCAGUUUCAUUAAUUAAAGAAAAUGCUAUUUCAAUCAUUGAUAAUCCAACUAUACCUACAUUUGACUAUGAGGAUAUUAUAGCUAGAACUAUGAAACAAAUGAAGUUGUCAGAACAAUCAAAAGCAGAUCCACCAAAAACAGCAACAACAACAACGACAACAACUACUGCAACUACAAAAACACCAGCAAAUACCCCAACACCCCCUAAACCAUUACCACCACCAACAGCAUCAUCAUCAUCACCACCAAAGAAAUCACCUGUAAAUAUUAGCAACACCACCACCACCACCACCACCACCAAUAAUAAUAAUAAUAAUAAUAGUAGUAAUCCUAAAACUCCAAAUGGAAAAGAAGGUGGAUUACCAGAUCUAAAUAAUAACUGCCCAGUUUGCGGUAUUUCAUUUAAAUCUAUUGGAAAGGAUUGGCCAUCAAUUAAUAAACAUAUCGAUGAAUGUUUAACCUUUAAUUUAUUGGAUAAAGAGACAUUAGAUCCAAAAGCCAAAUCAACAACUAUUAAAUGUCCUUACAGUGGAUGUAAAAAGUCAAUGACAACAGUAGAAUUUAUAAAUCAUUGUAAUGAAAAGCAUUUGCUAGACGAUGUUCAUAAUUAUAAGUGUCCUUUAUGUAAUGAAAAGUCACCAAAUUUAAUUAGCCAUCUAAGUAAAACACAUAUAAGGGUUCAACAAAAACAAGUUGGUGUUGGUUAUUCAACAAGUGUACUUGAAAAUGAUUUAAGUGAAGAUAUUGAAUGUCCAAUUUGUCUUGAAGAGUUCACAAAAGGUCAAAAUGUGGCCCGUUUAGAAUGUUGGUGCAUAUUUCAUACAAAUUGUAUUUCUGAAUAUUUAUUAAAAUCAAAGAAAUGCCCAGUCCAUAAUUAA